AUGGUGGGUGGAUGCAUUAACCUAUCCUUUGCUCUCGUCGUCGCGACUUCGACCCUUUUCGUCUGCACACUGGCGGAGGAUGCCUGUCCUGCCCCCGCUAGAAGCCAGGCCCAUGCUUUGCUCCAAAGCCACUCUGCACGCGAGCACAUCGCAAGCUUAGCACAGGGAUCGAAUCAAAGCCAAAGCGAUCCGUCAGAGGCCAACUACUCCAAUGCUUCAGCCAUCAUUGCCCUGGUAGAUGCAUGUUUGCAGAAUCGCAUGACAGGGGAUGAACAGGAGCAAGCCUUAUGGGACUUGGUGAGGACAGCUGAGAUUCUUUCCAAGUUGAUGGAUGCCAACGUCUCAGUGAAAGCUUUGGGCUCGGACUUGCCCGAUGACAAAGGCGUGAUCGAGGCUGCCAUGGUUGCUGGCCGGGAUGCCGCAGAAGCCUUGGUCAGGAAGCAGUUCGAGGCUGAGGCAGCGACGCUUCUGGGAGAGGCCAAUCUGACUCAAGAGGCCAUCGAUCAUUUCACGGAGAAGGUCGCUAAGAUGGCUGAAAUGUGUGGAGAUUCCUCAGAAGCCCAGACCUUGGCAGACGACGAAGCGUCCAUUAUGUCGCGGAACAUGGCCCCAGAAGAAGCUAGGAUUGCAAAGGAGCUUGCUGACUAUGUGGAAGGCCUUUGCCAGUCGGAUGUCUUGGAUUUGGAUUUCUUUGUGGGCCGGCUUGCUGAUGAGUCGCCGGAGUGCAAUGCCCUGGUGGCUGACUCCCAACUCCUUCAAAUGCAAAAGCACCUCUCAGCGCUGGAUUUCUAUGCCAAGAGCGCCCUCGUCCUGCAUGAUGAGGAGAACCGCCUGGGCCAUCACUUUGCCAAGAGGCUGCAUAGGCACCAGAGGGAGGAAGCCAGGGAAGUGGAGCCCUUGCUGAUGCGAGCAGCGUUGAAGCAUGGCUCCAGCAAGCCGAGGAUGGCACGUCUUUUCUAUUUGGACCGGCUUUACUACGACAAGAUCCAUGGCUUCAGCAAGGACCAGUAUUGCGAUUCCAACUUUCGUUUGCAGAAAGAACGGCCAGAGCAUUGGAUCAGCCAGAGUCAGGAAAUCCGGGCAUACGUUAACUGCGUGUGUGUGAAGAAGCGGCCAUCGCUCUGGUGCGAUGCCCACCAUGCAGAGCCCUUAGCCCUUCUGCAAGCGAAGGUGGUGCAAGAACUGCAGGAGGCGAGUCGCAAACUGGACUCGCAGUCGCUGCUCCAGCUUCAGACAAAGACGCCUGUUGGUUUGGGGGCAUGUCAGGAUGCUGAUGGGAAGCCCGCUGCCUUUGAUUGCUCCUUUUGCGUGAAUGGCAACAACUGCAUCAGCACCAGCGGGUCCUACAGCCUCGACGUCUUUGGAAGCAUCAAGGAGCUUAUGGGCACGUCGGCCAGCUGUGUGAAGGGCUAUUGCACUCCUUGCAUGGGCGUGAAGCCGGGCGAUCCUUUCCAGUUCAAGCUGGAUAUUGGAGUGGAGGUUUCAGAAUGCGGCAGCACUGCAGCCUUCCUGGCCACGUAUCACUACUUUGCGGAGCUCAAGCUGUGCAUUGGGGGUGUCUUGGGUGAGGCUGCUGACAAGAUUGGUUGGAGUCUUUGCCAAAGUCUUGGGAAAUUGAGCUAUCAUCCCUUCAUUAGCAAGGUCCACUUCGCAAUGAGCCUCCCGAUCCCGCUCCCCCCACCAAUCGGAGUGGCGGCAAGCCUUGCUGUGAACUUGAACUUGGGAGAUAUCUCCCAGGCCUGUGACAACCAUUGCGCCACCUUUGGUCCUUCUCAACACUUCCGAUGCUUGCAAGAGUUCUACGCUGCGAGGGGAGUGACAGGUGUGGACUUCAAAGUGGAGGUCCUGCUGGGUGUCAGCAUCCCUUUUGUCGGCACUGUUGGCAAAUGGUUCAAGGUGCUUGGCUUCAGCUUCAUGGAAGGCGACAACAGCCGUGAGAUUGCCAAGAACAAGGCUGGACCCUAUGCUGGUGAUGGGGACAACCGCGCCAACGAGGACUGCAGGGGCUGUGGAGAUGACUGCAGUAUUUGGCGUCCUGACCCCAACAAUCCAAGGUCUCUCUGCAUCAGGCGUGAUGAUUACAACGGUGGCUGGGGCAUGCAGCUGGAGAUCGCUUGCCCUGUGGACAAUAGCCAUCUGAAGGUUAUCGUGCCGAUCGGCUCCAGCUCCGUGAACACCAAAUGCGCCAUGCCCGAUGAGCCGGUGACGUGCCGCUCCGACGGUGGGAACCAGGGCGUUCGGCUGGGCUUCGACACACACGCAGAUUCCUACUCCGUGUACCGGGCCCGAGAUGGGCACCGAUGGUGUGCGCGCAGGACGGAUCACGGUGGCGGCUGGGGGCUCAACCUCCAGCUCGAAUGCGAUCCAACCGGUGGAUCCUUUGGCUUCCAAGUGCGCAACAUUCACAUGGGCAGCAGCCACGCCAACAUGAAGUGCCUGCUGGUUACCCACGAGAUGCUUUGCGAUGCGCACACAGCUGACUCAGCGUACCGUACCAACGACGAUUGCAGAAACUGUGGUGAUUCUUUUUAUGUGACCGUCGACAACCCAUGGGGAUAUGUCUGUGCCCGCAGGACAGAUUUCCAUGGUGGCUGGGGCUUAAACCUGUGGUUCAAUUGCAACAGUCUCCAAGACAAUGUUCGAACCAGGAGAGAUGUGCACAUUGGCAGCAGCCAUUCCAACAGCAAGUGUGUCUGGGGCGGCUCCACUAAUGUCAUGUGCGCUUCUUAUGCUGCAAAUUCUGGCUACCGCCGCAACAACGAUGCCCAUGGUGAUAGUUUCGAGAUCACAACCAACGGUGGGCACGUCUGUGCCAGGCCUGAGAAGGAAAUGGAGCCGGGCCUUUCAAGCAUGGCCGCGCUCCGGGAAGAGAGGCAGAACUGGAAUUCUGGCACCGAAGUCGUGCAGCUCGUGAGCCACAAAGGCUCCCUCUUCGCUUCGGUUGGCUACUGGAUGCAUCCAUCUCACCACCCAGGUCGGAUUCUACGUUUGGAUUGCCCAACUUGCGAAUGGGAGAUGGAACACCCAGAAGAAGGCAAUGUGUAUAUGAGCUAUGUGGUACGUCUCGAAUGUCUGAAGUCAGUCAAAUGGACGUCCACCCUCCCAAACCCUGUGACAACGCAGAGCGGCACCCAUGAGUUGUUGCAUGCCACUGGUUACUUGGACUGGCUGGGGGAAGCUCAUUGCGUCUUUUGCACUCGCAACGAUGCCACAAAGCUUUGGGCAUGCAACCCGUUCUACAAAAGCACGCCUUUUACAGAGAAUGGCUUCACUGGGCGGUCCAUGAUCCAUUACAAGGACCCCAUCACCGGGUUGGAGCAGAUCAUCCUUCCGACAGGAAAGGAUGGCGUGACUCGGGGCUAUUACGAUCCGAACAGCCCUGUCCGCGUGUCGUUCGAUUACCAUAUCGAGUCUGGCACAGAGAAUCUUCCACAGCGGCCACUCGCAGUAGCUGAAAUGGGUGGUCAUGUGUACAUGGCCGUUGGCCCACUCCUCAUGAAGCGUUCACAGGGACGGACGGACGCAACGUGGACUACGGUUCUCGAUAUGUUGCAACAUGACACUGGGGUCACACAGACGGAUGAGGCCGUAGGCGGACUCCGCGGUCUCACUGCAGUUGACAAUCCCGCAAGUGCUACUGGUAAGUCAUUGCUGGUGGCAUGGAACCCAAACGGACGCUCACAGGGUUGCAUAUAUCGGUUAGAUCCGAAGACCGGCACCGAUGGCUUCGACGUGGCACUCGAGAAAUGUGUCAAACAAAUGAUGAGGGACACUUACGACCCAAAUGGGAAGUUUCCUUAUGCUCUUGCAGCCUACAACGACAUCCUGGCAGUGCCCGCGAGAAACGGCGGGGUUGUUCAUCUCAUUGGCUUCAUGGUGCUUCUGUGGGGUCCCACUGCCCAUUCCCUUCCUGCGAAUCCUGGCCAAUGGAACUUGGACGAGACUACGGGCAAGGGCGGAAGUUAUUGGGCAGGUGGUGGUUACAUGAUUCGCCGGUCGAUUUCGGAUUAUGAAGCUCGCGAAAUCGGUGGAAGGAGAUGCAGCCCAGACCAAGCAGAUCCAGUGCUAACAUCAGUUCGAGCAUAUGCUUUGUCCCCAUUCCCCGAACAGAAGGGUGUUUAUUUCGGUGGCUACGACUGCAAUUUCUUUUCGUCCAGCAACAGUGCUUGGGUCUUCUGGGGCUCAGACUGCGCCACGCAUGACGAUCCAGAAGUCGCAGCCCCUGGCUGCGCGCAGCCGUCCCAACAAGGAUCCAGUUGCACCCCAAUUUCCGCAACCACAACUACAACUGCACCAGAACAGACGCCUGCAGAGGGAGGCAACAGUACGACUAUGACAACUGAAAGUACAGACAAGUCUACGAGUCCGCCGACGAGCACAUCUCAGGUGGGUGACACCUCGCAUGCAGAGGGAGGCAACACGACGGCCACGACAACAGCAGUCACUGACAAUCCGGCAGGCACUGUGCAGGCUCAGGAUGGUCAGGUCAGUAGCAUCUCGCUGCGGCAGUCUUGCCUCUACGUCCUACCCUGCGUUCUGCUGCAUUGGCAAUCUUUGCUUACGGGACUGUAG